CCUGCGGGGAUUGCAAAGGAAUCGGACACAUGUAGCAAACAGACAAGCAGUAAUGGAGGAAAACAUCAAGAGGCAAGUUUGUUGCCUGAAACAAGUACCAACAUACUCAGACAAUUGUUAGGCGACACCUUCGCCUACCUACUUAUAGAACAACCACCUCCGUCGACUAUAGGUAGCUAUGGCUCUUCCGCUAGGAGUCCGCUACUCCAUCAUUCGCAACAAUGUCGAGGUCCCUCUCAUCCCGAUCGACCAGCUGCCGUAUCAGCUUCAAGACUUGCCGUCUCGACUUGAGCCUGCUCGACACGACCAAGAAGGCUGGAAGCUGGUCGGACAGACUCAUCAGCCCGCAUUGCUGCUCUCAACUCGAGCUUCCGCUGACGUCCAGUCCUGCCGAUCAGUAUCACCAACGAAAACUGGAUACUUGUCGCCCGACCACGCUGUUCGCCAAGAUAUUGAUAGGAGAGCGCACCUAACGCCGGUUCUUCGAGAGACAUCUCCUGCUUCGGUUGAUCUCACUGGACAACGGUUCAAGCAUACUUUCCUUCAAGGACCCACAGCGCCUACAGCCGGAACGCUCACAUCCUCUGAAUUGGUAUCGCUACAUCAGACGACCACUGGCGCGCCAAAUCCAUCUGGUAUCAAGCCUGACCCAUCUAAAAAGGAGUACUGUACACAUUGGAUAAGGCACAACUCCUGCGACUACAUGCAGCAAGGCUGUAGGUACAAGCACGAGAUGCCCGACCGUGCAAAGCUCAAGGAGCUAGGGUUCCCUUGGGUGCCAGAUUGGUACAGAGAUCAGAUGGCCAUAUGUGUCGGAGCAUCGAAAUUCCUACGACCACGCAUGGGUCAAGGUGACAACGAGCGACAACUCUCGAUGGAGCCUCCAGCGUCGCAGGAUUUCCGCCCCCUUACAUCUAACCGUCGUCAUGACCAUUCACGUACGGUGGAUAUGUUAAGGCCCGCGUUGGCACCUAAGCCAAACGAAGGACCUGAGCAGAUCCGAAAUCUCAUCGAUCUAGAUGAUACAUCUAUUGAGACACAGUCAAUGACUCCUCCAUUCGCAACAGUUUCACUCUCGGGCUCCUUCGCUCAGAGGACAAAUGCCACAGCUGCACAGACUACACAACAGCUUCCUCAUGACUUUUCUUCCUCUCUCCAAAAUGGCGCAGCAAAUCCCACAAGCCAUACAUAUACAAUUUCUACCCUUGACAAAGCUCUUCAAGCUCUGAGAUCGCGUGUUCACAAUAGCGAGCCAUCGAACAAUCCUACUGCUACAUCAUCGGACCAACUAUAUCGUAUGGACAAAACUCUUGACACAAAGAGUGAGGUCCAGUCUACCCUCAAGGACCAUUCAGGUGUUGGACGUGAGAGGAACAUCAAGCCUUCAUCUAAGCCGCACAGGAUGCAUGAAACACGCCCGUGGAAGCCUGUCAAGCGUCCCACCACUCAAGGUGGACUAGCUAAUGCGCAACACGCCACCGGCAGCACGUCCAAACCAGUGAGCAAGUAUGCUAAAGGACACAGUACUGGAGGGAGUGGCAUGGAUCUGCAGUCUCAGGCUGCGCUUCACCGACGUACCGACUACGGAAGAGGUCGGUCCGGAAAGGACGUAAGCUGCUCCAGUAUCCGACCUCGCGUCAUGCUACCCGUCUCCAACAAGAUUGGGGCAAAUUAAUGGCAAAAGAUAAUUUGUCUGCACGUCGGUCUACAAAGGUUAGGUAUGUUGUUUCGUUGGUCGGGCGUUUCUUGGAAUUGAUUCUUUCAGUCUGGAACACCGUUGACUGGGUUUUUA